ACAAAUUUUUAGGAUUUUCACUUUUAAGACAGUAUAGUAAUCUUCUUGAAUGCCAUUACAUUUUGUGUAUACGUUUCUUCUUCAAAUUUUAUGUAUGAAAUAUAUAGUUUUCAUAAAUAUCAAUUGUCGUGAUAUUCUGUGAUGGGUCCCGGCCGCUAUCAAAACGAUUCUCAUGCGAUCGUGAGAAAAUUCGACAAGAUGUCACUUCCUUCUUUUCUUAUCAAGUUUACAAGAUUCUGUAAAAUUAUAGUUACUAUCCGCAGAAUCGUAUUCCACCGUUUUGUUCCACUUUCUUCGUCCUAGUCCCUGCAAAUGUAGGUCUCCCCACUAGUAUGUCGCUGCUACCACCUCAAGAUCAUAAGAGAGGGAAGUUAUACGCGGGUGUCAUACCAUCGCUUACACAUUUAGUCAUUCGAUCGGCUACUAGUCCGGCCUAUCCAUGUACGACUGAUGGAUAGGCGCGUUAUAAUUAUAGACACAUCAUUUGUACGUGGAAAAUUCGAUCAAUCGAUUGGUUCUCGUAGAUACAAACGAUAUCAUUUAACUUAAAAGUGUUAAUUUUAUUUUUUAAUCAUUUUUGUGUAAAAUUAAGAAUAUCAUCACGAAAUUUUCCGUCACUUUUCUUCCCUAAAAAUAUGUAUCAUGUGCCAAAUAAUGUUUCAAGUAGCACAAUGGGAAUCUUUGAAAUGUUGCGAUCUGUAAAUAACUGGUUCUUUUAUGUCACGUGCGGUGAAUUUAUGUGAAAAAUUUUGUGUAUCAAGAUGAUUUUGAAAUAUACGAUAUGAAGAAUUUAAGGAAAUAUAAAACCGUGUAACGUGCAACGAAGAAAGAGAAAAGAAUUACAAACGAAAAGAAGAUCGGUAGUUUGAAAGAAAAGAUGGAUUCGGUGUACUCGACGUUUUUCCUCAUCGUGUCGAUAUGCAGUUUGACCGCUCAGCAACCAACGUUUUUCAGAAGUACAUUCAAAGGAUUGGCCGGUCUCACACCAAGCGCUGUCGCACUUGCGAACGACGAGAUACGAGCGGUUUAUUAUCAUGAACAGACGGUAGCAGUUGUCGAUCUUGGUCCGAGAAAUGAACUACAUGAUUGUAAUAUAAUCGAAGUAUACGAGCCGUCCGAGGCUACAGAAGUUUUGCGAAACUUAUCUGUGACUUUACAACCACAAGCGGUGUCCUUCUCGGAGAUAACAAGACUCAUGCAACAGUGUGAAUUGCUGGAGAGGCUACGAGUGGAGGCUACAUCUACUUUGCCUACAAACGCACUGAGCAGAGGGACCCGCAUAGCCGCGAGUUCCAUCACUCUGUUUUCUGGUAUUCUGCCAGGCACAAAAUGGUGCGGCACGGGCGACAUAGCCGAGAAUUAUCACGACUUAGGUGAUCUGCCUUAUAUCGACAGAUGCUGUCGCAAUCACGAUCUCUGUCCAAUAAAAGUCCGAGCACAACAGACCCGAUACAAUCUUACUAAUUAUUCGCUGUAUACUAAAUCACAUUGUACUUGCGAUAAAGCCCUUUAUCAGUGUUUAAAAGCUGCCAAUCAUCCAACGGCGAAUUUGAUGGGACAAAUAUACUUCAACAUUGUUAAGGUGCCAUGUAUAGAAGAUAUAGGAAAAAAUCGAUAUCCUUCCUCAGAUCCUUUGAGAAAAUUUGUACCUGUAAAAAGAGUAUAUUAACCACAUGAGAUUAAUUAACAGUGUGUUUAUUAUCAGACAGUGUGUUAUAUUAGCAGUGUGUUUAUUAUCAGUGUGUUUAUUACCAGAGAAACGUAAUUUAAACAAAUUGUUCGAGUAAUAAAUAAAUUAACCUUUA